AUGCACAUGGAUACCAUCAGGAAAAAUGGGUUUUCGUUGGAGAAGGAUUUGGAUGCUCCUCCUGGGCAGCGUUAUAAAAUUAAAGUCGUCCCCUUCAGUAAGAACAUAACUUUUGGUGUUGCAGCGAACAACAAAAAUUGGCUUCUUCACCUUAUCGAUUUCAGCUUGCAGUCGUCCUACAGCACCGGUUUGCCUCCGCUUGCGCCUGCACCGCCUCCACCUGCGCCACCUCCACCUGCGCCGCCUCCCUCCUCGUCGCCUCCCCAUCUUCGCUCUUUGCUGACAUGGCAAUGGCACAAAAAAGGCCUAGAAUUAAUUGGAAACAAAUAG